AUGUCUGCAGCCUCGAUGAACCCGGCACACCGCGUCACUCGCCGCAAGAGCGUCACUUCAAACGCUGGCAGCAUCGCAGCAAUCGCAGCGGCGGCCAAGGGCAUGACUGGUGCGCCGCUCGAGGCUCAGCAACAACGAAGACCCUCAAAGCCCGCGGCGCAGUUCCGAGGACCUAAUCUGAGCACGGUGCCAUCCAUGGCCUCAAGCGUGCCGAGCAAUGGCUCAGCAUUCGGUCCCGGCAGCUAUGGCGCAGCUGCCAAGUCUGAAGCCAUCGCUGACGGUCCUCCGCUUGCCGCGAUGCCCGAACACGAGAAGGCGAACUCCAAGUCCAGGAUACGUCGUGCGAGCGAGGGUACUCGCUUGGCCAAGGUAGAGGGCAAGCGUGCCAGUGGUAGCGAAUUGAGAUGUGAAAAAUGUGGCAAAGGAUACAAGCACAGCAGUUGUCUCACCAAGCACCUUUGGGAGCACACCCCUGAAUGGCAGUACACGUCCAAGUUGCUCAUCUCUAAGCACCAGCAGGUGCAACUGCUCGAGGCAGCAUCGGUACUCGUCGCCAUGAACACCGAGGGUGGCGAUAGCGAUCACUCCUCGCCUUCGCCCCCAGCUUCGGGCACAUCUGACUUGCACGAUGAUUUGAGCUCCACCGACACUACCCCGCCCCCACAACUUGACGAUCAUGCCGUGGGCUCUUUUCCCCGCAACCACUACGCUGGUCGCGCUACCAAGCGCUACUCUGCCAACAGCUCCGCCUACAGCCAUUCUUACCAGUCAACCGUGUUCUCUGAUAAUGGGCAUAACGGCCACUAUCGCCACUGGAGUAACGUGUCCGAUCGCCCUACAACUUCGGGCACAUCGGUUGCUGGCUCGUAUCGUGACGACGAGAACGACCAGGCAGAUCUCGCUGCCGCUGUUGGUCUACUGAGCUGCUCGUACGGCACGCCCAAGUCUGGUCCCAUGGCUCUUCCUCCUGAUGUGCCUCCCGUGCCGCCGCUUCCAGCCAAGUUUCUAGACUAUGGCAACGGCCUGAUGAUUUCGGGCAGCAACACGGUAACGGCACAGCAAUCGAGUCUGCGCGGUAACCACUUCCACCACGGCAAGGAUGUUGACAUGGACGAGGAGAGCGAGGACGACUUCCGCCACUCCAAUUCCCGCAGUCGCGGCCGCGCAGAGGAUGACGACGAUGCGUUUUUCGGCAGGAUGGAAGAAUGA